AGCGGGCCUCUCCUCUCCAGAAAGGAAAAAAAGAAGAGAAGAAAACCCUAACUAGCCGAUUUCCGCGAUGGCGGCGCAGGGCGGCGGCGCGCGGCGCUCGCGGCCGAACGUGUUGGUGACGGGGACACCGGGCACGGGGAAGACGACUACGUGCUCCCUCCUCGCCGACGCCGUGGGCCUCCGCCACGUCAACAUCGGGGACCUCGUCCGCGAGAAGAGCCUCCACGACGGCUGGGACGAGGAACUCGAGUGCCACAUCAUCAACGAGGACCUGGUUUGCGAUGAGCUUGAGGACAUGAUGGAAGAGGGUGGUAUACUAGUAGAUUAUCAUGGAUGUGAUUUCUUCCCGGAACGUUGGUUUGAUCUUGUAGUCGUGCUCCAGACUGAUAACUCAAUUCUUCAUGAUCGCUUGACUAGCAGAGGUUAUAUGGGUGCCAAGCUCACAAACAACAUAGAAUGUGAGAUCUUCCAAAUGCUUCUGGAGGAGGCCAGGGAGAGCUACAAAGAGGAGAUAGUGAUGCCUCUGCGAAGUGACAAUGUGGAAGAUAUUAGUAGGAACGUGGGAACACUGACAGAAUGGAUAAGCAAUUGGAGACCACCCCGGAGCUGAGCUGUUUCCUCUCUGACAACCCUGGUGAAAAAAACAAUGUUUUUUUUUUCUGCGGUGAAUUUUGAAUACUGAGUUAGAUUGUGCAGACAUUGUAAGCCUUAUUUAUGUAUGCUUGCCAACCUUGGAUCUCAGCACGCAAGACACUGUGCUUAAACGGAUUAUGUGAUGGAGGGCAUGCUGAAUGUAAAUUAGUUUGUUUUUUUCAUAGGGAAUGUGCGGUGUUUGAUUCUCGACUUCAAAAUGAAAUGUUAAAUGACAACAGUACAUCAAAUACUACUUGGUCAGAAGGGUCGAUUUAUUUUGCUUUUUGUUGGGGAUAUUUGUAAACCAACCGGAU